AAGCUCUUCUAAAUCUUAUGUGAAUAUGUUGUACUACCAAAUGAUUACUGCACAAAGGUUAACUCCCCCCACCAUCCAAUUAUAGCACAUACACAGUAAACACAGUAAAUCCCUCAUGUUGACAAUUACAUAUUAAAAUCAGACUGGUCAGACACGGUAUAUCUAUAAAUACCAUGCCCAGAGUCUCUCUAUCAUUUGGCUCCAGUAUUACCACAGGUAGAUAUAUCACUAGAGAUGUGACUUCUGAUGAAAUUUUUACAUUUUUUAUCAUUGCUGUGACAACACAAAUGUAAAGUUAUAUACUUUUGGCAGCAGGAGAUGUAUUUUUUAAAAUUAAUUUAUAUUAUAUAUUUUAUAUAUAUAUUUAUAUAUUAAUUAUGCAACACUCAAGUCCUGUAUGGUUACAAUUAUUGGCAGGUUAACUUUAGCAAGUUUUCAUUGACUUUUGUUUUUAAUGUCUGUUAAAUUGUCACGCUGCUGUUUUGAAACUUUUUUCUCCUAGAUAUGUGCACAGCAGAUUGUAAUAACACUCAGAAUGAAAGCAGCAGCCUUCACCAGUUGCAGCUGGUCAGUUCUAUCUCACUGAGGAAGGACUUAUCAUUGGCCAUAACCCAGAUUUUUGUGUGGCCUUUUGUCUACAUAAGCAUCCUCAUGCUUUUCACUUUCUACAGAAAACAGGCUUUUAGAACUGAAACACGUUACAUAUUGUUUGCCAACACCUUACUGGCUGAUGUGGUUUUUCUUAUACUGACAGAUUUUGUGGUCAUUCUCUCAUAUGGCUCUGUGUUGAUGCCUAUGGCAUUCUGUAUUCCAUUUUGCAUGCUCAUGGAGACAGUCUCAAUAUGCACACCGCUAACCAUCACUGCAAUGUGUGUGGAGCGCUAUGUGGCCAUCUGCAUGCCACUGAGACAUAGUGCUAUCUCCACCACUAGCAGAACUCUUACUGCUAUCCUUAUCAUCUGGAUCAUAAGCUACAUUAAGCCAUUUGUGGAUUUAUUUAUCCUUGUUGCAACUGUUUCACAAGAAUAUUUUUUAGAGCCUACCUUCUGUUAUUACGAGAUCAUGACACCAGAGCAAUGGCACCGCACAGUGAGGGGUAUAAUGUAUCUUAGUGAUUUUAUUAUAAUUUUACUCACUGAGUUCUUUUGCUAUUUGAUGAUUGUGCUUGCUGUCCGGACAGCCACUGUUGACAAGAAGUCAGCAGGCAAAGGUCUGCGUACCAUCUCACUACAUAUGUUUCAGCUUAUCCUGUGUACUCUUGAGAUUAUUUAUCCCUACAUUGAAACUGUAAUUAUAGAGCUAGAUAUACUUUUAUAUCUGUCAAUCCGCUCUUUCAACUUUAUUACAUUCAGUGUCAUCGCUAGGGCAGUCAGUCCACUUGUCUAUGGCAUAAGAGAUGAAAAAUUUUAUGCUGCCCUGCUAUACGACAUCAAAUGUAGACAAAAUCAUAUCUCAUCUGAAACCAGAGGACCAAUCACAUAA